AUGAACAGCAGAGAAGUGAAGGAAUACCUGUCUCACCACCUCGUCCCUCAGUUGCUGGAGAGUCUGUUGACAGGUCUUCUGUAUCAUUGUCCUGACAACCCUGUCAGUUUUCUGCAUGGCUGCCUGAUCAGGACUAGACAGCUGGGGGGUCCUGAGGCCAUCACCUGGGACACCUUCAUCCACCUGGACAGAGACGAACUGAGACCUGGACCCCCAAGAACAUCAACCUCCCCUACUGAGUCGAAGGAAGAAGACACAAAGACUGGCAGUUCAGAGGUCUGGUCUCAGCUCUCCAUAGACUCGGACUCUGACAUGACGGAGAGUUCUGGACUCCUGCAGGAAGUCAGCAUCCUCCCUCCUCAGAGACCACGCCCCGUCAUCAUCUUCAUCAUUGGUGGGCCAGGAAGUGGGAAGGGAAGUCAGACAGCAAGGUUAGUUCGCUGCUUCUGCCUCAGAGCCGUUUCAUUGGACGAUCUGCUCAGGAAGCAGCUGCUAAGCCACGCCUCCCCCAGCAGGAAGUGGGAGGUUAUUUCAGAAAUGAUGAGUCACAGAGAGCUGGCAACACAGGAGAAGACGAUCUCAGAGCUGAGGAGGCAGCUGAUUGGUCAGAGGGAGGUCAGAGGGGUUGUUGUGGAUGGAUUCCCUCAAGACGUCCACCAGGCUCUUAGCUUUCAGGAGCAGAUUGGCUCUCCUGACCUGGUGAUGCUGCAGCUCUGCUCCAAUGAGACUGUAGCAGGGCAGUAUUGUGAAUAG